UUAGCGGUUUCUCCAAUUAUCUGACAACUUCCCUACUUAUAAAUCAAAUGAAUUGUCAUCUUAUUGCUUCUCACCAUCAACCAUUCUUUUUAUUUGCUCCCUCUCUGCUAAGUUGAUCAGGUGAUUAAUUUCUUCAUCCCUCUCAAAGUUUAAUUUUCAAAAAUAAAGUUCAGUUCUUUCUUAGAGAAGGAAGUAAUUAUGGGAGAGAUCGACACAAAAUCAAUUGAAUCAGUCCAAGCUGCGCUUUCUUUGUUUGGAGAGAAAUGCGACAAGAAGAAAUAUAGGUCCACUUCAUGUAUUAAUGAGAUGGAGAAAGAAAAAGAUAUAGGAAGUGUGUUAAAAGACUUGGCAAACCUGAAAAUUCAAGUUGAGGCGAAGGAUUCUGCACACAAGCAAGCACUUGUUAAGCUAGACCAUCACGAAAAUACAGCUGAUGAACUCCGUUCCCUGCUAAUGAGCUCUGAACUCGAGAAGGAGAUUUACAUGAUCGAAUGUAAAGGAUUGAAGAUUCAUGUAGUUGAGCUUGAGUCGCGGAUUCAGGAGAUGGCUGACCAAAUGUUGGAGUCUGUAAGGACGCGAGAUCAGCUAUUACACACCAUCGGUGAGUUGAAGGCAACACAAGGAGAACUACUUAUAGCAGAAAAAGAGUUAGUGGCAGCAAAAGAUGCUAAGCUUGAAGCCUUGACACAAGUAGAAGUGAUGGAGUCUGCUUUGAGCACCGAAAAGUUUAAGACUGAAGAGCUUUUGAGGAAUGUGUCAAAGCUCAAUGAGACUGUUUUGCAGGCAGAAGAAAACACUACACUUUUGUAUGAGAGAGAGGAAGAGUUGGAAUUGAAGGCUGCAAAUGCAAAAGAAGUAGAAUUUCCGAGAAAUCAAUUGGAAAUGAUGCAGGAUUUGGAGAAUGAGCUAUCGGAAAAGUCUGCACUUAUUGAUUCAUUGAGAAUAGAACUCCAACAAGUAAAUGAGCUUCGCGCUUCUUCUGAGAAAGCCACUUCUGAUGCUGUUAGUGAGGUGAAAAAAUUAAAAGACGAUAUGGAAUUACAAGAGAGAAAGAAUUGGGAUCAAUCUGGCUAUAUAAGUUUAUUAGAGUCAGAACUCAGGCAAUUAAAGGGAGAACUCAACAAAGCCAACCAAGAGGCUGCUCGCGCCAAUGCAGAUGUUGAAACGAUUAGCAUCGAGUUGGAGCAGUUUAAAAAGGAAAUGGUUGAGACAAGAGAAAAGGAAUCCAAAGCACAAGUUGAGAUAGCAUUUCUACAAUCUGAGCUUCAUAAAUGGAGGUCAAAGAUUGCAGCAGCAGAAGUUGCUGAUUCAGUAGCCAAGAGUGAGAAAUCAGCUUUACAUCUCGCACUUCAGCAGCUAGCCUUAGAAGCUGAAGAGGCCAAAAAAGAAAACAAGAGACUAAAAGAAGCUAGUAAAGAUUCUGAAAAAACACAAAAUGCAGAAUCAGAAGAGGGAAAAGGAGAGGCGAAGGCCUAUAUAACAAUACCAAGGGAGGAAUAUGAGCAGUUGCUCAAGAAGAAGGAGCCAGUUUAUGAAGAACCAAAAGAAAUUCAAGUACUAAAGAAAGAACUAAAAACAGCAACAGUGAAAAUUAGCGAGUUGAGAACGAGAGCUGAACAAGCGAUAAGCAGAGCUGAGGCAGCUGAAAAGGGUAAAGCUACACUUGAGGAUCAGAUAAAGAGGUGGAAAGAACACAAGGAAAGAAAAAAGGCUGCAUUGGCAGCACUUAGAGAGGAGUCAAUUUCCAGAGAAAUUACUGAAUACAAACCUGAUACUACUCCUAAAACAUUACAACCUCUUGGUAAGGUUCUCAAGAUGAAGUUCUAGAUACACCAACUGUAUUGCAAAACUUUUCCAUACCAAGGAAAGUUUUCUGUAAUAUAACUUUGUAAGUUUGAAAAGAUGAAGUUCUAGAUACACCAAAUCUAUUUCUGUGAUUUUAGUGAUCUUAU